CACGCAAGGAUCUAGGCCGUACGUUUUGCGACGAACGUGGCCGAUCGAGCGAACAGAAAGCUUUCCCGUUAGGCUGGAAAGGCCAAAACCCUCGGCCGUGAGGGGAGCCGUCCCGCGCUCUCAAGACCCCCCACGAAAUCGAAGCGCGCGAAACGCAGGAGCAGCCCGCCCACUCGUCAUCACCGCCGGCGGCGGAGGAGGAGCAGAUGGCGCCGCUCGUGCCGACGUCGCAGCCAUGGGUGGAGAAAUACCGGCCGAGGCAGGUGAAGGAUGUGGCGCACCAGGAGGAGGUGAUCCGGGUGCUCACAAACACCCUCCAGACCGCCGACCUGCCACACAUGUUGUUCUACGGCCCGCCUGGCACGGGGAAGACCACCACCGCCCUCGCCAUCGCCCACCAGCUCUACGGUCCAGAGCUGUACAAGUCAAGAGUUCUAGAGCUUAAUGCUAGUGAUGAUCGUGGAAUUAAUGUGGUGAGGACAAAAAUCAAGGACUUUGCUGCUGUCGCUGUUGGUUCUUCACGAAAAGCUGGUUAUCCCUGCCCACCGUACAAGAUCAUUAUUCUUGAUGAAGCCGAUUCGAUGACAGAAGAUGCCCAGAAUGCUUUGAGGCGUACUAUGGAGACUUACUCCAAAGUGACAAGAUUCUUUUUUAUAUGUAAUUAUAUCAGCAGGAUUAUAGAGCCACUUGCAUCCAGAUGUGCAAAGUUUAGGUUCAAGCCUCUUUCGGAAGAAGUGAUGAGCAGCCGCAUUUUGCAUAUAUGCAAUGAAGAAGGCCUCAAUCUUGAUGCUCAGGCACUGUCCACACUUAGUGCCAUUUCUCAAGGUGAUCUUCGCCGUGCUAUAACCUAUCUUCAGAGUGCAGCCCGCUUAUUUGGAUCGUCUAUUUCUUCCAGUGACUUGAUCAGUGUUUCUGGGGUUAUCCCUGAAGAUGUUGUAAAGUCAUUGCUUGCAGCUUGCAAAUCUGGUGAAUUUGAUGCGGCAAACAAGGAAGUUAGCAACAUUAUUGCAGAUGGGUAUCCGGUUUCACAGCUGAUAUCACAGUUUGUAGAUGUGAUUGUUAGUGCGGAUGAUAUUCCAGAUAAACAGAAGGCACGAAUAUGUAAAAAGCUUGGGGAAACUGAUAAGUGCUUGGUGGAUGGGGCAGAUGAGUAUCUUCAACUUUUGGAUGUCGCCAGCGAGACUAUCCGUGCUCUUUUCAACAUGCCACAAGGGUUGGUCUUCUGAGAGAAGUCCGUGGUGAUGACCAUCUUUCUGCUCUUUUCUUAAGAUGUUGCAGAAGGCUAAUCUCGCUCACCAUGAUAUUGUUCAGUAGCAUUGUCAUGGGUUAAACGCGAUAAGCUCGCCCUAUGUACCACUUGAAUUGGGCCUGUGGAUGUCCAAAAUGGCAAGAACACUUUCAACGUGACAUCUUGUGUAUUGUAUUUCCCUUCUCUUGCUUUGUUGAUGCCUUGAUGGCAGGCAGCAGCCUAGCAUUGGCAUUCCAAUUUUAAGAGAGCUCCAGACUCUA